GGCAUCUUUUUGGAUCUCAUCGAUUGCGAUCCAAUAUAUUUCCAAGCAGUGGAAGUUACUGCUGGUAACCGUCUCCUUUUUCAUGUUGUUUCAGAUGAUAGGGUGGCUUUGAAAAUAAUGAAACAGUUCAACCAGCAGAACUUACCUGGAGAGUGCAACUUUUUCCCAGUUAACAGAGUUGUCGGACCACCUCGAAAAGAAUAUCAGGAUGGGGAUGGACGUGCUAUUCUAGAUGUAUUCGAUUAUGAUGAGUAUUACGAUGCAGUGUUCCGUAACGUCUUUGCUGGUACUGCUAUUGUUCGUGAUCUCCAUCUUGGUGCUCGUUUCGCGAGAAGUGAAGGGUUUGAUUGCGUAACGCUAGAUGGAGACCAGAUAUCCAAGCGAGGUGCACUUACUGGAGGUUAUAUCGACACGAAAAGGUCGAAGUUGGAGCUGCAUAAAAGCAUCAGAGGACAAAAGGCGAAUCGUGAUCAGUUGCAGGUAACACUAAACGAGAUCCAACGAAAGGUGAAUGAGAAGAUGAGCGCUGUUGAGAAGUUACAAAUGGAAAUCGACAAGGCUGACAACGACAUGCGAGUGUACAAGCAACAGCAUCGUAAUCUCACUGAAAAGAAGCGGUAUGCCAGCGAGCAACUGCAUGCGAUGGGGCGAAACCGUGAGCCUAAGAAAGCUCAGCUACUAAAUCUGCGAAAUCGAGUACGCGAACUGCGUGCACAGUUGGAAGGCUACGAAAGUCAAAUUGGAUCUGAAUUUCUGUCCCAGAUCAGCAAAUCGGAGCAGUUGGAGUGCGAACGAUUACAGGAACAACAGAAAGACUUGGAAGCGCAAUUGGCCGACUUCUCUAAGCAAGCGGAUAUAAUAUUUACAAAGCAGAGUACGCUGCAAAGUAAGCGAGAGGAAAAUGUAAAGAAGAUUCGUGAACUUGGUUCGUUACCGACGGAUGCUUUUUCGAAAUAUCAAGGAAUGAGCACAAAGCAGUUGGACAAGAAAUUAGCUGAAUGUAUGCAUGAGCUGAAGAAAUACGAAAAUGUUAACAAGAAG